AUUAUAGCACUGCCUCCUGGAAGCCAUUAUUGAGCAGGUUCUCUGGACUGCGGCCGGGCCUCUGCAGCAGUGUCCCCUCUACCUCUUCAGCUCACAGGCCUGUCUGCUGUCCAGACGAGCACCCUGCCCAACACACACACCCAACCAUGUCAUCCUGCAACCGUGUGGCGCUGGUCACUGGAGCCAACAGGGGCAUUGGCUUGGCCAUCAUGCACCGCCUGUGCCAGCAGUUCUCGGGGGACGUGGUGCUCACGGCACGGGAUGCAAUGCAGGGCCAGGCAGCCAUGCAGCAGCUGCAGGUCAAGGGCCUGAGCCCGCGCUUCCACCUGCUGGACAUCUGUGACCAGCAGAGCAUCCGGGCCCUGCGGGACUUCCUGCUCAAGGAGUACGGGGGCCUCGACGUGCUGGUCAACAACGCGGGCAUCGCCUUCAAGACUCAUGAUCCCACACCCUUACCUAUUCAAGCAGAAGUGACGAUGAAAACCAACUUUUUUGGUACCCAAGAUGUCUGCAUGGAGCUGCUGCCUCUAGUGAGACCUCAAGGCAGAGUGGUGAAUCUAUCUGGCCUAUUGAGCUUGGUAGCUCUUAAAAGCUGCAGCCCAGAACUGCAGCAGAAGUUUACAAGUGAGACCAUCACAGAGGAGGAGCUGGUGAGGCUCAUGAAUAAGUUCGUGGAAGACACAAAGAAUGGAGUGCACUUGAAGGAGGGCUGGCCACAUCUGAGCUUUACCUCCUAUGCAGUGACAAAGCUCGGCAUCACUGUCCUGUCCAGAAUCCAGGCCCGGAAACUGAGUGAGCAGAGGACAGGGGACAAGAUACUCCUGAAUUCCUGCUGCCCCGGAUGGGUGAGAACCAACCUGGGGGGACCCAAGGCCUUGAAAAGCCCAGAAGAAGGAGCAGAGACCCCCGUGUACUUGGCCCUUUUACCCUCAGAUGCUGAUGGGCCUCACGGACAGUUUGUCAUGGAGAAGAAAGUUGAGCAAUGGGAACCCAGCUCCGAGCUCCCUCCGUGGCUCCAAUUAUGUGAACUGCCUUGAUUUGGUCAAAAGCACAUGUACAAUGUCAAAAAUAGCCCUAU